CAAUUUCAAAAAACUCUCUUUACAAUAUGGCUAUCAAUUUUUGCCUCUCUAUGAUUCUUUAUCUCUUCAUUUUUUACAUUCUUUCAAUUGUUCCAAAUGUUUCAUCUCAAUCACAAAAUGUAGAAACUUUCUUUCCUUUUCCUUUGCCUAAUCUUCUCCCUCCUCCUAUUCCACCCGUUCAACGAUCACCACCGUCAUCAUCAUCUCCUCCUCCGCUACUUCCACCGGCCCCCACUGAUACGCUUGCGCCACCGCCUUCCGUGUCAACACCAAAUACAUCAUCAAGCAAGGCUGUUGGAACUGCUAUUGGUGUGACUGCUGCUAGUACUGUUGUGUUAUCUGCUCUUUUGUUCUUUUUCCUUGUUAGGUACUCGAGGCGUAGGAGAAAACAACAAGAAGGUAGCGCGAUUGGUGAUCCACGGGGUGGUGGUACUAGUGGUGCUGGUGCUAGUGCUACACCUGGGGUUGUUCAAGAUCAAUUCUUGAAAUUUGAAGGGAAUUUAAAAGGGGUGAUUGUUGAUGAAAAUGGAUUGGAUGUGCUUUAUUGGAGGAAAUUGGAAAGUGGUGAACAGAGGAAAGAGAGUUUCAAGAAGAAGAAAGUGUUUGUUAAUGCAUUGAGAGAUGAAGAAGAAGAGAAGAGGAUGAUCAGUCGAGGGGUCGGUGGACGGAAGAAAUCAGAUCAUCCAAUUCAAGAAUUGCCUCUGCUUAGAGGCAAAUCUUCAACUUCUCAAAGCCCUUCUUGGCUUGAUUUGGAAAAUAAACAACCAACUCCUGAGGAUGGGAUUGUUUUUAAGCCUAUGGAGAAACAAGAAUCAUCAAGUCAACUCGAAUCACGAGCUCCUCCGCCACCACCACCACCACCAGCACCGCCAUUGUCUGUAUCAGCGAUUCCAAAGGCGCCUGGUCCACCACCACCACCGCCACCAGGACUAAAGAAAGGCCCUCCACCACCUACUCAUCCUAGUGGAUUGCCUUCAUCAUCAAGUUCAGGGGCUUCAGGAAGUGGAAAUGAUAAAGUGAAACUAAAGCCAUUGCAUUGGGAUAAAUUGAAUGCUAAUGUUGAGCAUUCAAUGGUCUGGGACAAACUCGAUCGUGGAUCGUUCAAGUUUGAUGGAGAUCUUAUGGAGGCUUUAUUUGGAUGUGUUGCUACAAAUAAAAAGCCCUCAGGAACAGAAAGUAGAGCUUUGAGUCCAAGAGCAGAUAUAUCAGGUCCACCUUCUCAGAUAUUCAUUCUUGAAACCAGGAAGUCACAAAAUAUUGCAAUUGUACUCAGGUCUCUUGGUGUUACUCGUAAAGAGAUUAUCGAUGCACUUGUCGAUGGACAAGGUUUAAGUGUUGAUACUCUAGAGAAACUCUGCAGAAUAGCUCCAACAAAAGAAGAGGAAGCAGAAGUUCUUGCAUUUGAAGGAGAUCCCACCAGAUUAGCUGAUGCUGAAUCUUUCCUCUUUCAUAUACUAAAAGCUGUUCCAUCCGCCUUUACUCGUUUCAACGCCAUGCUUUUUAGACCAAAUUAUGGGACAGAAAUUCAGCAUCAUAAAGAGUAUUUACAAACACUUGAAUUGUCUUGCAAGGAGCUUAAAGCUCAAAGAUUGUUCUUGAAACUUCUUGAAGCCAUUCUGAAAGCAGGGAAUAGAAUGAAUGCCGGAACUUCAAGAGGAAAUGCACAAGCAUUUAAACUUACUGCUCUCAGAAAACUCUCUGAUGUGAAAAGUAUGGAUGGUAAGACCACAUUACUUCACUUUGUUGUGCAAGAAGUAGUCAGAGCAGAAGGAAAACGUUGCGUUCUCAAUCGUAAUCAAAGUAUGAAGCGUAGCAAUAGCCAGACUACUGCGAACAGCGCCAUUCCAACAUCAAAGAACACUACAGAAAAUGAUGAGACAGAGAAGGAGUAUAUGAUGCUUGGCUUACCAAUUGUGGGUGGCCUAAGUUCUGCAUUUAGUAAUGUAAAGAAAGCAGCUGCAAUAGACUAUGACUUGCUGUCCAAGACGUGCCCGAUGCUAACAGCUCAGAUAUCUGAAAUCAGGACACAUUUGACACAACGCGACAAUGUUAAAGGACUAUUCGGAAAAGAGAUGAAGAAAUUCCUGGAUGCUGCUGAAAAAGAAAUGAAAACAGUGAGAGACGAACAAGAUAGAGUAAUGGAACUCGUAAAGAAAACAACAGAUUAUUAUCAAGCAGGAGCUACAGAUGAUAAAGGAUGGCAACCACUUCAACUAUUCGCCAUAGUUAAAGAUUUCCUAGAAAUGGUUGAUAAAGUUUGUGUAGAGAUUACAAGAAACAUGCAGAAAAAGAAACCACUUGUAGCUGUUGGAGGAUCAUCAUCACCAGGAAUGGAAAAUAGUAGAGCUGUCAGAUUCCCAAAAUUGCCUGCUAACUUCUUAUCAGACAUUUCCAAGAGCAGUUCGUCUUCUGAUUCUAGCGAUGAUUCAUGAAUAUACCAGACAAAAAAUUCGAAAGGGAUCAAGUUCUGUACAUAGAGAGGAAAGUAUAAAGUAUUUUUAAGUGUACACACAUUUGUUUCACUAAUGAUUUAAACUUUUUGAGAUU